AUGGGCGGCAAUAGCGGCGAAGCGACCGGGACUCCCGACCCCGUCGAGAAGGGGUACGCCACCCUGAACACGAUCCGAAUCGGUGUUAAGGCGAUGGUGCAGAAGGAUGGUGAACUACGCAAGGCCGAAAUUCUGUCUAUUAAGCAACGCAAAGACGGUCCUUCGUUUUACGUCCAUUAUGUUGAUUUCAACAAACGUCUUGACGAAUGGGUGCCUGCUGCCAGAAUUGAUCUUUCGCAGGAGGUCGAAUGGCCCCAACCAGAGAAACCCGACAAGAAAAAAUCGGGCCCCGCUAACAAAGCCCCAAGUAAAAAUGCCCAGAAGCGCGCUCGUGCUGACAGCCGUGAGGUAUCUGGGACACCGGAUGCUCUUGGUGGUAAAAACUUGAACGUCGGCAAAGCCCCACGGCCGUCCAAGGCUGGUGGUAAAGAAAACCGCGAGGCUCAGACCCCUGGCGAUGCUUCUCUGUUCCCCUCCGAAGCGGCAUCUGCAGCGGGCGACGAUGACGUUGAGAUGGCGGACGCGACACCUGCCGAGCCCAAGGAGCCCAAAGAAGACGAAGUCAAGACGGCCUCGGGCGAGAUUAUAUCUCGCGAAGAAGAGAUCGAGCGACUGCGUACCGGGGGUAGUAUGACGCAGAACCCGACAGAGAUCCACCGCGUGCGUAACUUGAAUCGUCUGCAGAUGGGCAAAUACGAUGUGGAGCCAUGGUAUUUCUCGCCCUACCCGGAGUCCUUUUCGGACGUGGACAUGGUGUACAUCGAUGAAUUCUGCCUGAGCUACUUCGACAACCAGCGCGCAUUUGAGCGCCAUCGGACAAAGUGCACUCUGGUCCACCCGCCCGGCAAUGAAAUCUAUCGCGACGACAACAUCUCGUUCUUUGAAGUCGAUGGUCGUCGGCAGCGCACCUGGUGUCGUAAUUUGUGUCUUCUCAGCAAGCUGUUCCUCGACCACAAGACCCUCUACUACGAUGUCGACCCUUUCUUAUUCUACUGCAUGUGUACCCGGGACGAGACCGGAUGCCACCUUGUAGGCUAUUUCUCCAAGGAAAAGGACUCGGCCGAGGGCUACAACUUGGCUUGUAUUUUGACCUUGCCGCAAUACCAGCGUCACGGGUUCGGACGUCUGCUCAUCCAAUUCAGUUACGAGCUCAGCAAGCGUGAAGGCAAGCUCGGGUCUCCUGAGAAACCUCUCAGUGACCUGGGUCUCCUGGGUUACCGGCAGUAUUGGCUUGAGACGCUUGUCAGGCUCCUCCUCGAACCUGGCAAAGAGGCUAUCAGCGAAAACGAGCUUGCUGUCGCUACGGCGAUGACCGAGAAGGAUGUUCACGAGACCUUGGUUGUUUACAACAUGCUUCGUUAUCACAAAGGGAACUGGGUUAUCGUGCUCACGGAUUAUGUGAUCGAUGAGUACAACAAGCGUCUCGAGAAGGCCAAGGUCAAGGGGGAGCGUAAGAUUGAUCCUAGUCGCCUCCAGUGGAAACCUCCAGUCUUCACAGCAUCGAGCAGGACUUGGAACUGGUAA